AUGCUCCCGUUCCAGGAGCAAAUAAUCUCGGACCUCCUGGAGGACCCCAAUGGCGGCCUCGUAGUCCUCUCCUCCGGCCUCUCCCUCCCCUCCCUAGUCGCCUCCGUUCUCCUCCUCCACCACCCCUCUCAAGGCUCCCUCCUCAUCCUCUCCGCCUCCGACUCCCAGAAAUCCGCCAUCGUCCGAUCCCUCCGCCGCCUCCAUCACGCCGAUUCCACCCCCAACCCUAACCCUAAUUCCGACCCUCCCCUCCCCUCCGACAUCCCCGGCGACCUCCCCUCCCACCACCGCACCGCCAUCUACUCCUCCGGCGCCGCCCUCUUCGUCACCCCGCGCAUCCUCAUCGCCGACCUUCUCAACUCCCGCGUGCCCCCCUCCGCCGUCGCCGGCCUUCUCGUCCUCAACGCCCACCGCCUCUCCGACACCUCCACCGAGGCCUUCAUCGCCCGCGUAUUCCGCUCCCUCUCCCGCUCCGCCCCCGUCCGCGCCUUCUCCGACCGUCCCCACGCCAUGGUCGCCGGCUUCGCCAAGGCCGAGCGCAUCCUCAAGUGCCUCUUCAUCCGCCGACUCCACCUCUGGCCCCGCUUCCACGUCCAGGUCUCCGCUGACCUCGAGCACAACCCACCGAAGGUCAUUGAUGUCAGGGUUCCGAUGACCCCUGCCAUGAAGGGGAUCCAGACCGCCGUGCUCGAGGCGAUGGACGCUUGCCUCAAGGAGCUGAGGAGGACCAACAAGGUCGACGUCGAGGACCUCACGGUCGAGAAAGGAUUGUUCAAGUCAUUCGAUGAGAUUGUGAGGAGGCAGCUCGACCCCAUCUGGCACACCAUUGGCAAGAAGACCAAGCAGCUGGUCAGCGAUCUGAAGACCCUGAGGAAAUUGUUAGAUUAUCUCGUCAGGUAUGAUGCUGUGACUUAUUUGAAGUAUUUGGAUACACUGAGAGUGUCGGAAGGAGUUAGGUCGGUUUGGAUUUUUGCUGACUCAAGCCAUAAGAUAUUUGAGCUUGCAAAGAAGCGUGUUUACCAGGUGGUCCGAGCAGAUGGUCUGAAAAUUAGUGCAGAUGGUAAGAGUGCCCCAGGCAAGAAGAGGAAAGCGAAUGAUGAUCACAAGAGGGAGAAACAACGCGAAAGUGGAGCUGCUCUUUCUAACGAGACCGAUGGCGGGAGGGUGGAGUCAAAUGUGGGUGUGGUGUUAGAUGAAGUUUUAGAAGAAGCACCAAAAUGGAAGGUGUUACGUGAAUUGCUGGAAGAGAUAGAAGAAGAACGCAGAAAGGAAACUCAGUCAAGAGAAGGACAACUUAUAGUUGAAGAUGGAAGGGAUAAUAACAACUUUGUCUUGGUAGCUUGUAAAGAUGAACGGUCAUGCUUGCAGUUGGAAGAUUGCAUCUUUAAAGGCCCAAAUCAGGUCCUGCGAGAAGAGUGGGAGAAGUACUUGCUGGGCAAGGCUCAGUUGCAGGGCUUACGGAAACGCAACAGAAAUAGAUCUCAGGAGCCUAAAGGCUUUGGUUUACUUGACGGUGUGGUUGCUAGUGGAUCUAGUGAGAGUACAGAACCUAGCAGCAUAUCCAAGCUUGAGAAUGAUGCUUUGUUAGCAGCAGCAUCAGAGAUUAGCAAUUUAGUUAAAGAAGUAAUUGAUGUUGGAAAUGAUUCUCGACCUCAGACUAGAAGAAAGGGGUCUGGAAAAGGAAGAGGGAAAGGGAAGCCAAACAAAGUUGUGGCAAAGGUGCAAGUUUCUGGAAAGAAAAGUGAAAAGCCAGUGGAAAACAAAAUAGUUGACAAUGCCAGUUUAGAAAAGGGGGAACAACAAGGUGAAACUGAUAGUGUAAUGAAAACACAAGGUGAAACUGGUGCAGAAUCAUUACAGGGUUUUCAGGAGGUAGCUCUAAAAAGUUCAUCUGACGGUAAAGGUGUUCCUCGGAGGCAGAGACAAGAGUCCGCUACUGCAGAGUUUACUGAUGCUAAGCCGCUUCCACCGGUGCAAUUUUAUGCACUAGACAGUGACCAGCAUAUUCUUGAAGUCUGGAAGCCUUCUGUAAUUAUUGUGUAUCAUCCAGAUAUGACCUUUGUUAGAGAAAUUGAAAUUUAUAAAGCUGACAAUCAAUCAAAAAAUUUGAAAGUUUAUUUUCUGUUUUAUGAAGAUUCCACUGAGGUGCAAAAGUUUGAUGCAAGCAUACGCAGGGAAAAUGCUGCAUUUGAAAGUCUGAUUAGGCAGAAGUCCCUGAUGAUGAUCCCUGUGGAUCAGGAUGGACGAUGCAUUGGACCUAAUGCUUCUAAUGAGCCACAGUCAGCUAUUUCUCAGAACUCAGUUACUAGAAAGGCAGGUGGUAUAAAGCCAAAGGAGAAAGAAAUGCAGGUUAUAGUGGAUAUGAGGGAGUUCAUGAGCAGCCUUCCCAAUGUUCUCCACCAGAAGGGCAUGCAAAUUAUACCUGUUACUUUGGAAGUUGGGGAUUAUGUACUUUCACCUUUGAUCUGUGUUGAAAGAAAAAGUAUUUCAGAUUUAUUCCAAAGCUUUGCGUCGGGCCGUCUCUAUCAUCAGGUGGAAACAAUGGUCCGUUACUAUAGGAUACCUGUGCUUCUAAUCGAAUUUUCACAGGACAAGAGCUUCUCUUUGCAGUCUGCAAGUGAAAUUGGUGAUGAUGUUUCACCAACCAGCAUAAUUUCAAAGCUUUCGCUGCUUGUUCUACACUUUCCUCGCCUGCGCCUUGUCUGGUCGCGGAGCGUGCAUGCAACAGCAGAAAUAUUUGCAUCACUCAAAGCAAACCAGGAUGAACCAGAUGAAAGCAAGGCAAUUAGAGUAGGUGUGCCAUCAGAAGAUGGCAUUGUGGAAGAUGAUGUAAGAGCUGAAAAUUACAACACAUCUGCAGUUGAGUUUUUGAGGCGUCUACCAGGGGUGACAGAUUCAAAUUAUAGAGCACUGAUGGAUGGAUGCAGAAACUUGGCUGAACUUGCCCUUCUUCCUGUUGAGAGGCUAGCAGAACUGAUGGGAAGUCAGAAAGCAGCUCGGAUGCUGAAGGAGUUUCUUGAUGCUAAGUGCCCCACCAUGUUGUAAUUCUUAAGCAACACCAAUUGAUUUUGAGAAGUCUCAACGUGUAUGCAUAUGUUUCUACUAGCCUGUCUGAAACUGUGGACCUAUUUGACGUAGACAUCUACAGUUCCACACAACGAAGGGCAUCAUGGAUUUUACUGUGAAAGAUAAAUUUCAGCUCAAGGCAAUUUUCUCAUGCCACUCCAAGGUUGAUCCAGGUCAUAUAUUCAUAUUAUUUUAUUGUGCUUUCAGUUAGGAUUGUUUCUACCCAAGGGAUUCGCUUCUUGCUGAUCAUUUGAUCAACCAGAGUAUCCAUCAAUAUAUAUUACAAUUUGUUUGUAAUUCUGAUUUUAUUGAUGUAAUCCUUAUAUCUGCAUCUUUGCAAGCACUAACUGCAACAUUUCUUGUUGUAGUAAUUUAUAUUGUUUUCUGAACUGGUUGUAGUAAUUUAUAUUGUUUUCUGAACUUGUAAGGAUCUCUUUGAUCAAGAAAAAGAUCUGUAAGGAUUUCUGCAUAUGUUUGCAUCA